AUGGAGCUGACUGGUUCUGUUGUCAAGGCACAAGCCAGAUUGAAGAAACAUUUCUCAGUGCCUCGGUGGUUUGAAACUGAUGCUUUACAGAAUGCUAAACUUAAACCAGAAAUAUGGGUUAGGUAUGUUGAUGAUGAUUUAGUGGUACAGGUUGGACUUGGUGUGUUGCUGAUUUCCUCUGUCACUACAAAAGAGGCAAAGGAAAUCGAGAAAGAAGUUGGCGCUGACUUACAGGCAGAGGAAAGUGGACACGGAGGCUACAAGGCAGAUGAGACAGGUUAUGGAGGUUAUGAGAAAAGCCACGGUUCCGAUCAUGGUCAUGGGGAUUAUGGAGGCGUCUAUAACCAUGGUGUUAAAGACAUUAAAGGUCACGAUGAUUAUGGUGGUAAUCACAAGUAUGGUAAGGGGGGGCACUAUUACGACAAAUAUGGCAAAGAUAAACAAGGAUAUUUUAGCGAUAGAGGGCAAUAUGGGAAUAGAUACGGAGACAAUCAAUACAGAGGUCAUGGAAAGGGGGAAGAUAUAUAUGGAGAUGAUUUUUAUAAGUCCUCUGGCCACAAAAAACGUGGUCACAAGAGUGUGUUCCACAAGGAAGUGUACAACGAUGACAAAUCGUACUACGACGAUGUUGAAGACAAGGACUAUGGAAGAAAAUAUAAAGAUCAACGAGACUACUAUGAUCACAAUACUGGCAAACACUUCAAAAACCACCUAAAUAAUAACUACCACGUUGGAAACAAACACGGUGAUGAUUAUCAUAGGCGUGGUCAAGGUGGAUACGACGAUUAUUACGGUAAAGGCUAUAAUGAUGGAAGAAAAUACUACAAUGGAGGUCAUGAUUAUAAAAGAGGUGGAGGUGGUUACAACAAGAAUAGCUAUGGCGGUAUAGGAGGGCAUGGUGGUGGUUAUGGAAGAUACGGCGGUAUAGGAGGACACGGUAUUGGUUAUGGAGGGUACGGCGGUAUAGGAGGACACGGUAUUGGUUAUGGAGGGUACGGCGGUCAGGGUGGCAUUUAUAGAGGUUUUCUCGGCGGCCAUCUGGGGCAUGGCGGCCACAUUGGAGGUCUUGGUCCUGGAUUUUACGGCGGGUACAAUGGUUACAGGGGAUAUUGA